ACUUUAACCAAACACAGCGUUAGGCAUACAAAGACCAAACCCGGUUGGACCGGCUCCUGAAGAUUCGAGACCACGCAAACCAGCUAGAAAACAAAAGAACAAUUCCGCGCCAAGGAGGAGGAACAACAAAAUCAGAGAAAAAUUACCCAAAUCAGAAGCUGAAACCCUAAAUUCAAUGGCUGAAAAAUUGGCCCCUGAGAAACGUCACAGCUUCGUCCACAAUGGCCAAAAGGUGUUCGAGUGGGAUCAAACGCUUGAAGAAUUGAACAUUUACAUUACUCUUCCAGAAAAUGUUCCUAAGAAGCUAUUUUAUUGCAAGAUUGAUUCUAAGCAUUUGGAAGUUGGGAUCAAAGGCAACCCCCCUUACCUUAAUCAUGAUCUGAUGAACCCAGUUAAGACCGAUUGUUCAUUCUGGACUCUAGAGGAUGAUAUACUGCAUGUAACUUUACAGAAGAGGGAUAAAGGUCAGACAUGGUCUUCUCCUAUAAUGGGCCAAGGGCAGUUGGAUCCUUAUGCCAGUGAUCUUGAACAGAAAAGGCUCAUGCUUCAAAGGUUCCAAGAAGAGAAUCCAGGAUUUGACUUCUCGCAGGCACAAUUCUCCGGGAAUUGUCCUGAUCCAAGGACCUUCAUGGGGGGAAUUGGCUCAAGUUGAUUUCUACUAUCUUGAAAGUUUCAUUGUAACAAUGGACCUAGCUAGAUAUGCAUUGUUAUAAUGAGAAGCAAGGUGAUAAGCUCUCCACUGGUAUUCCUACAUGUAUUAUGAAAUAUUAAUUGUUCGCAACCAUCUUGUUCACUGGUAAAGUUUACUAAUCACCUCGUUGUUGAUUGAA